AUGAUUACAGUCAAGAAAAUCAGGGUCAAUUUAGAUGACAACAUCAAGCUAGAAACUGAUUAUCAAGAUCUCAUUGAGAAAGAUUGUAAACGCGGGCAUCGACUUCUAUCUCAGAGAGAAAAGGAGAAACUAAACACUGUUAUUGAUAUUUGCAAGACGAUAAAGAGAGGUAGCGAUCGAGAAUUAGACCAAUGCUUACCUCAGCGAAGCAACCUGGAGAAUUGGAGUGACAAGUAUGGGACACGAUCGAAAAAAGCAUCGGAUAUUAUGAGAGACUAUAAGGAACUUUCUGGAAAUAAAAUUCUUCAAGAGCGAGAUAAGGAAGAACAAAAGGAACAAAAGAAAAUCGAGAAAGCGAAAAAGAGAAGAUGA